UUACAACGUAUCCAUAAUUAAGUGUAAAUUGAUACGUGAAUUACAGAAUAAUCUAUAUUCAAAAUGCAACAGAAAAAUAUUCUACAUGGUCCACCCGAUACUAUUCCGCAAUUCAAAAAUUUAUCCAUGGGACAAUUACUUUUGAACCAAUUAAGUGUUCAUGGUAAUUGGGUUGCACAGGUAGAUGCUCUCACAGGAAGAAAACAAACAUUUAAAGAAAUUCUGAUUGACAGUCAAAAGCUAGCUGUUGCUCUUGAGAAAGAAGGCUUAAAGAAAAAUGAUCAUAUAGCUAUAUGUAGUGAGAACAAUAUAGAAUUUUGUAUACCAAUGUGUGCAGCGUUUUAUCUAGGGGCUACUGUUUGUCCAUUGAAUCCACUUUAUUCGGAAAGAGAACUGAAACAUGCAUUAACUAUUACAAAACCAAAAUACAUUUUUGUAUCUGCAGUUGGGAUAGUUAACAUACUCAAAAACCACAAUCAGUUAUUCUGGUUGCCAAAGUUGAUAAUGUUAACAGAAUCAAAAGUUAAUAAGUUUCCAACUAUCAAGAGCUUAACAUCAAAUGUAACUGUUGAUAGUAGCUUCCAUGCCUGCGCUGUUGAUGAUGAUCAUGUAUUAGUUAUUCCAUAUUCCAGUGGUACAACAGGCUUGCCAAAAGGAGUAAUGUUAACAAACAAAAAUUUGUUAACAGUGAUAAGGCACUUUGCAGUUUCAACACCUGAGAUAUUAAAUACUAAUGUAAUAACUUUAGCUUUAUUACCAUUCUUCCAUGCAUAUUCUUUCUCUGUGCUUCUUGUAAGACUUGCAUUUGGAAAUAAGAGUAUCAUCUUACCACGUUUCGAUGAAAAAAUGUUUCUACAAACUAUUGAAAAGUAUAGAAUUGAGUAUAUAACUCUUGUACCACCGCUUAUGGUGUUCCUAGCAAAACAUCCUAUUGUGGACAAGUACGAUUUAUCUAGUAUUAAGGAUAUUUGGUGUGGUGCGGCACACUUAUCAGAAGAUAUUGCAAAAAUGGUUGCCGAAAGACUGAAUGUAAGGAGUAUAAAACAAGGGUAUGGAUUAACGGAAACCACUUUGGCUGUAGUUAAAUUGCCAAAUAAUAGUAUGAAAUAUGGAAGCGUAGGGACAUUAGCCCCAGGAACUUCAGCAAAAGUAAUACCAAUAAAUGGAGGUGAAUCAAGCGAACCUCUGGGGCCAAACAAAAUGGGAGAACUAUGUUUCAAAGGAGAUUUAAUUAUGAAAGGAUAUUAUAAUGAUGAAAAAGCUACAGCAGCUACAAUUGAUAAAGAUGGCUGGUUGCAUUCAGGGGAUAUAGGAUAUUACGAUGAACAGUGUUAUUUCUAUGUAGUGGAUCGUUUAAAAGAACUUAUUAAGUACAAAGGAUAUCAAGUUCCACCAGCUGAAUUGGAAGCAUUACUGCUAACAUGCUCUGGAGUUAAAGAUGCAGCAGUUAUUGGGAUACCAAAUGAAGAAGCUGGCGAAUUACCAGCUGCCUUUAUUGUCAAACAGGAUGGAUCCAACAUAACAGCAGAAGACAUUACUAAGUUUGUAAAUGAACGUUUGUCGAGUCAUAAAAGACUUCGAGGCGGCAUCAGAUUCAUUCAAAGUAUUCCUAAAACUGCAUCGGGGAAGAUAUUGCGCAGAGUAUUACGCGACACGUUUAAAUCAAAAUUAUAAAAUGCCGGUACUAGAAG